UCUGCAAGCAUCAGACGAGCAGCGGCGGCUUAUCCCGAUGUCACACCGGCGGCGUGUUCUCCAUCCGAUGUGAAACACCCGGACUUGUUUACCGCACAUUUAUGUCUCAGUUCAGCGGAUUGAUUUGGAGCCGCUUGUUGUUAGAAUGCGUCCAGGAGCGCGCUCUCCUCCUCUCGAUGCUGUGCAGUCCUCUCUGUGCCUAUGCCUCGUAGUUUUCCUCCACUGUGUUGAGGCUGCUCUGAAUGAAGGCGGUGUUUACAAUGGAGAGAAUAAGCAGGGUUCACAGAGGAGCAUCCUUGAUCAUGUACAGAGUUAUGAGAUUACUUAUCCCACAUGGCUGCAUCCUCACAGACACAGGCGGUCCGCCACCAAAGAGCAUCCUGCAGAGGCACUGGUUCUGAUCUCAGCUGAGGGCCAGGAGCUCAAACUACACCUGGAGAGAAAUGAGCAGCUGUUGGCCCCUGGAUAUCAAGAAAUAUGGUACACUCCCGAUGGAGCCCGCAAGUCCUCCUCUCCUGCCAGCACUGGACACUGUUUCUACCAUGGGGAGGUUCUGGGCAUGGAAGGCUCAAGUGUUGUUGUUAGCACAUGCUCAGGACUCAGGGGACUGAUUUCUCUGAACACAAGCGUCAGCUACCUGAUAGAGCCUCUUCUUGUUUCCACGGGCGCACAGCAGCACGCUGUGUUCAGAGCCGAGAGUCUCCAUCUACCCAGAGGCAGCUGCCUGCAUCACCAUGGCAACAAGAAGCACGAGGAAGGCCUUGACGACUUCAUCCGUGGAAUGAUGUCACCGCAGAGCGUGAGGGAAAAAAGGGACCUGAGCCAGAAUAUGAAGUACGUAGAGCUGCUGAUAGUGGCAGACAAAGCUGAGUUUGAGAAGCAUGGUAGCAAUUUCGAGAACACUAAACGGAAAUUACUGGAAGCGGCCAACCUGGUUGACAAGUACUACAAGGCUUUGAGCAUCCGUGUGGCUUUGAUCGGUCUGGAGGUGUGGACCAGCAAGGACAUGAUCAGCGUUUCAGACAACCCUCACAGCACUCUGGCGGCGUUCCUGUCCUGGAGAGGCAAACAGCUCCGCACGCUCCCCAAUGACAACGCUCAGCUCAUCACGGGGAAAGGGUUCCAGGGCACCACCAUCGGGCUGGCACCUCUCAGAGCCAUGUGCUCCGACUACCAGUCUGGGGGAGUGAACACGGACCACUCAGAGUCAGCUGUGGGUGUAGCUGCCACCAUGGCACACGAGAUGGGCCACAACUUCGGCAUGAGUCACGACAGUACAGGCUGCUGCCAGGCAAAGGCUGAAGACGGAGGUUGUAUCAUGGCUGCUGCUACUGGGCAUCCAUUUCCCCGUGUGUUCAAUGCCUGUAACCUGAAGGAGCUGAAGAGCUACCUGAGCUCUGGAGGAGGGAAGUGUCUCUUCAACUUGCCAAAUACCAGAUCCAUGUAUGGGGGGCAGCGCUGCGGCAACGGUUACCUGGAGGAUGGAGAAGAAUGUGACUGUGGAGAGGAAGAGGAGUGUACCAGUCCCUGCUGUAAUGCCAACAACUGCACUCUGAAAGCUGGAGCUGAGUGUGCCCAUGGCGUCUGCUGCGAUAACUGCAAGUUGAAGAGACCAGGUGAGCUGUGUCGUGCUGCCUCGGGGUCAUGUGACCUGCCAGAGUACUGCGAUGGGAAGGCAGAGUCUUGCCCUGCUAAUUUCUACUUAGUGGAUGGUAUAUCUUGUGCAGGCGGGCAGGCCUACUGUUACACCGGCAUGUGUCUGACCCUGGAGCAGCAGUGUCGCUCUCUCUGGGGACGAGAUGGCCGCCCAGCCCCUGACCUGUGUUUUAAGAAGGUAAAUGAGGCCGGGGACAUGUACGGCAACUGUGGCAAAGACCUGUUUGGAAAGUACAGGAGCUGUAAGGACAAGGAUGCUCAAUGUGGGAAAAUCCAGUGUUUAACUUCAGCCUCCAAGCCCAUUGAGAACAAUGCUGUUCGCAUAGAAACCACUGUCAGUUUUGGCAACAAGAAGAUCCAGUGUAUGGGAACACAUGUGUACAAGCCUGGGCAGGGGGACGAGGAGGGACAGGGUGACACUCUGGACCCAGGCCUUGUCAUGACAGGCACAAAGUGUGGUGAUCACUCGAUUUGCUUUAAUGGAGAAUGCCGCAAUGCAUCUUUCCUUAGAGCCGAUGAGUGCAAUGCCAAGUGCCACGGACAUGGGUUGUGCAACAACAAUCAUAACUGCCACUGUGACGCGGGCUGGGCUCCUCCUCUGUGUGACAAGAAGGGGUCGGGUGGGAGUGUGGACAGUGGACCUGUCAUCAGCCAGAGCAGUCUCCUUCCGGUCCUGCUGGUCCUCCCCCUGGUUCUCUUUGUAGUUUUGGCUGCUGUUGCACUCUGGUGCUGCUACAAACAUAAACUCCACCCACUGAAAACAUCUGCUACACUUCCGGUGCCAACCUGUUCAGUCCCAGUUGACAACAAGCCGCUGUUUGCCGACGGUCAUGUGAACGGCCAUGCCAACCCGACAUUCUUACUAAAAAAACAGGACCCAGAUCACCUGGGGAAAUCCUCUCCUCGUCCGAGCCCAUCUUGCUCAACUCGGUCCAGAAACGCCAUUGUGCGUCCAGCUGUGAAGCCUCCUCCCGUACCUGCGUAUGCUGCAGAGCAGACGCCUCAGUCUGUAGCUUCCUCUCAGAGACAGUACUCUCCUCAGGGUUACACUCCACCUCCCGUUAAAUCUGCGCAGUUCAGCCAACAGAGACGAACCCAGGCUCCUCCACCACCCUCAGGACCUCCACCUUUACCUUCCCUGCAUGCCAAACCCAACUCACAGCAUUCAGCAGUACCCAAACCCCGACCAGACCCUCCAAGCAGACCUCCACCACCAUGCCCUCUUAACAGGCCAUCAGGGGAACAGCAACAAAUGAAAGGCCCUCAGGUUAACGCCAAUGCUCUGCAAAGAGGAAAAGCUGCUUUGGCUCCAUCUGCUGGACAGAAAAAGCCAAACAGAAACUAAAAACUCAGGGAACCGUUGGGGACCAACACUUAAAGGACUGUCUCAGGCUGUCUUUUUGAAUAUCAGCAGCUGACAAGAAAAUGUGGCAGUAUGGGAUAUGAUGAAUACUUGACACUCCGGGUCUGUGGAUUACAGUGUGUUUACACUGAUGUGUACUGAGAGAAAGUGGUAGAGUCACAGCAAGUCAUAGUACAUAUCACAAUGUGUAUGUUUUAAGUCUUAAAUCUUCAAGAUUUAGACUGAAAGCCACAGUUGGUACCUUUUAUGAAAAUAACUUUUUGCCAUAUUUACUGAAACUCUCACUACGUCCACGAAGUAUUGAACAAGACGGGUAGUGUGUGAAAUAAUAAAGUUUGUGACCCAGCUGCCAUGUUGUUGGAGAUAGUCAAGUGAUGCACCGAGCACCACCUGGCUGCAGCAACUUUCUCAUUUUACAGCUAAACAGCACACAAAAAUAUGUUUCUGAAAUAUUUUAGGCAAGAAAUAGGCAACGC